AGGAAGUGUAGCCUCAUUAGUUCACUUCAACUAAGUAAAAUUCCAUAAAUCAUAGUGAAGUCGUGCAAGUAGCAGAGUAAUUCUCAAAGCUUUCUUAUUCCCGAAUUUUUUCGACCAACAAAUCAACCAAGAUUAUCGAAUGUGAAAAAUGGACGUGUCGCGCGUGGCAUUUACAACAACCAUUUACAAUCUACCGAACGAGAUGCUCGAUAACAUUUUCGGUCAUCUCAGCAUUUACGAUAUUGGUCGUUGUAUGAUGGUUUGCAAACAGUGGUUAUCCAUUGGCAUUGGAUUCAAAAUCAAGGAAUUAAUUUUCAAGAGACGAAGCGAUACGUGCUACAUCUUCAGGAGAAAUGAAUGGUGCACCAAGGAAUUGAUCGACGAAAAUAUGAUGAUUUUGGACAAGCUCUUUCCGUUAAGUUCGCUUGUAUCGAACACGAAAUUUCUGGGAAGACUGUCAAUUUGUGGAACCCUGUGCAACAACUUCGAGUUGGUACAUUUGAACAAGUUCGUGCAUCUUGAACAUCUUGAGCUUGAAUCCUUCUGGCACUCUCAACGAGGGAUUACAUUUCUCAAUUUACCGAAACUCAAAAUUCUGCGCUGCUAUGACGUCGAGCAGAAGGUCGUGUUCAAUGCUCCCAUUCUGUCUGAAGUCUACUUCUCAGCAUCUGAGAGUGUUCGAUUCAGAAACUUGCCAACAUUAAAGCUUCUCGACUACGAUACGAAUGGAAACGAAGGCGCGUAUGUGUUCAAUCGAAUUAAGAGUGUGGAAGUGUUCCGUAUCGGCUACAAUCGAAACUUACACGUUAUGUUGGACGUGUUGACUCAUUUGAAUGACGUCAAAGAGAUCCGGUAUGACUUCCGACCAAUAACGAAUUCCAUGGACCGAACAUAUUUCGAAGAAGAAUUUGCUGACGUCUUCGAAGAGAGAAGACUGCAGAACAAGAUGCAUGUUCAGAUCUACAUGUUCGAUAUCUUGAUUGUCGAGGGCAAGUCCAUCGAUGAGUAUGGAUUUGAUAAAGUCAGUAUUUGGAAUGGGCGGUACCCGUUCCACAUUCAUUAAAAUAAUAUUAAAUUUGCUGAAAAGAAUGGUUUAUCUACCAAGUAAAACGUUUCCCAGAUUAAACAUCAAGUUCAAUUUGUAUCCAGA